AUGAACAAGAUCGUCGUCGACCUCAACUCGAAACUUAAGGAUGCCGCUACUCGAGCGGGACCGCAGGUCAUCUUUGUCAACUGGAACUCUCAUGUUGAUGCACUCAGCGGUCGAUAUUGCGAACCUUUCGUCAAGGAGACAGACGUCAGCCAUGAUUCCGCCGCUUUUUGCUACCGCGGAACUACCGCAGAUGACGAGGGCACAACGAUCCUCCCCCAAUCUUUGGGGAACCCCCAGCUGACGCUGCAGCGCGUGGAUACGUCAGACGGAGCAAGAACAUCUGACUGGAAGGGGGAUGACCUUGAGAUAGAUGAGAUGGGCGGCGCCCGUAUUCCUAAUGGAAACUGGCUACCCGAUAAACUUGGUUGGAUAUUCCACCCGCAGAAAUGUGGGCACAUGCUCAUGGCAUACGCUGCUAAGAGAGCUCUGGACGACGAUAAUGUGAAACGACUUGGCAUCCCCAAAGCUCCUAUCAUCAUCGUUGAUCAGUGUCCUGCCAACUCUGGUCCUGCAACUCAUGCUGGUAUCCAUGGAAAGUGCUAUUCAGAUGAGCCGAGUGGCGACCACGUCUCGUUUACUGUGACAGACGUUUAA